GUGACGGCUCAUUUACGACGGUUUCACAAACAUACCACUGUCACAAUUUGCGGCAGCGAGAAAGUGGGAGAGUGGCACUGUCGUAAGGCGAUGCGCAUUGGAGUGCCCGGUGCAGAGACAUUCCAGAGUGGAUCCUUAAAAGCUCUGAUUUUGACGGCGCUCCUGAGUGUGUUUAUGUUCCAGCUGCUGAGGUCUGUUGGACUGCGAGCGUUCUCCAUGGCAUCCGAGACGUACAUGUCGGGAACACACUCUGCUGCUUUCGUCACCUGUCCAAAUGACACUGUAGCUAAAGACUUGGCUAGGGGGAUUGUGGAAAGGAAACUGGCUGCUUGUGUGAACAUUGUCCCAGCGAUUAAAUCGGUAUAUGAAUGGCAGGGAAAGAUCGAAGAGGAUAAUGAAGUGCUUCUGAUGAUCAAAACAAGAAGUUCCAGAGUGCCUGCUCUUGCUGAAUAUGUCCGCUCCAACCAUCCCUACGAGGUGGCCGAGGUCAUCAGUCUGCCUAUUGAGCAGGGAAACCCACCUUAUCUCAAGUGGAUAGGAGAUGUUGUGCCCGAGUAGAAAUAGAUGGAUGGGGAAAUGUGAAAAAGAAACAAAAUUGCAACUGUUACCAAACUGCAGAAAACAUAGAUGAAAGUGAUUAUUGUGAAAAAAAAAAAUCAAAGAAAACUACAGCGUCAUUUAAGUUUUAUAAACCCAAUACGCUUUCUUACCACUAGAGGGCAGCAUCCGUUUCGUUUCUGAAACUAAACGUUUGCUGCUUUGACCUGUUGGAAACGAUUUAUUGCUGUUUUCUUGGGCUGAAAUGUGAAAUAAAUGUUUCCAAUAUAA